AUGCAGCCCCAGCGACGCCGGCGUGAGUCCCUCACGCCCCAGCAGCUGCGUGAGUGGUACGCUGGUUGGGGCUGUAGGGGUGGCGACGCUACUCCUACUACCACUCCUGCUGCUUCUACUUGUGGUGGCGGCCAGAUGCAGCUCCCGCGACCCUCUCGCGUGUCUCUCACGCCUCGCCAGCUUCGUGAGUGGUACGCUCAGAGUGGAGGGUCUCUCAGUGCUGUUCGCUGCUCUUACGUGAUUCGCACUGGUACUCGGACUGGUAUAGGACCUGCUGCUCUAGCUACUGGUGAGGCCGCUGCUCUGGGUGCUAGUGAGUCUCCUGCUCCAGGUACAGGUGCGGCUGCUGCUCUAGGUGCUAGUGAGUCUGCUUCCUCAGGUGCGGGUGAGGCUGCGCACUCAGGUACCGCGUUGGCUUCGGCCUCCCUCACCUUUACACUUGACUCUGGGGCUUCUCGCUCCUUCUUUCGGGACCGCACCACACUCACGCCGCUUGGUCGGCCGGUUGCUGUCUCCCUGGCUGACCCCUCUGGGGGUCCUGUCCUCGCUCACUUCUCCACUGUCCUCCCGUGUCCGGCUGCCCCCUCGGGCACCCUCUCUGGCCUGUACCUCCCCUCGUUCUCGACGAACUUGGUGAGUGGUGCAGACCUACAGGAUGCGGGGGUUCACCAGUUCACUCCUGCGAGUCAGCGGGUGACCCACUGCACGGACGCACGCACAGGCCGGCACCUGGCCACGUUCUCGCGUCGGCCGGGGUCGAGCCUCUACACCCUGACCACUGAGUCUCCUCCUAUCCCCGCGUCCGGUCAGGUAGCAGCGUCGGGUCAGGUGUUUGGUGCUGCGUCCAGUCUCUCCCUCCCCUUCCUUCGGGACCAGGACCUUCCUGUGUCCCCUGUGUCGAGGGGCGCCUCAGGGCUGCUCCUCACUCCUCCCAGUUUCCCCCAACAGGCUCCUCUGCAGACGCUUCACAUGGACGUGUGGGGCCCGGCCCCCGUCCGUGGGCAAGGUCACGAGCGCUACUUCCUGUUGGUGGUUGACGACUACUCGCGUUACACCUCAGUCUUCCCCUUGCGCAGCAAGGGUGCUGUCACUGAGGUGCUGAUCGACUGGAUCCGCGAGGCUCGUCUCCAGCUCAAGAGGAGCUUCGGCUCGGACUUUCCUGUUCUGCGUCUGCACUCUGACCGAGGUGGGGAGUUCUCCUCUCGCCUUCUGCGAGACUACUGUCGUGCACAGGGGAUCCGCCAGACCUUUACGCUUCCGGACUCUCCACAGCAAAAUGGGAUUGCUGAGCGCCGCAUCGGCAUGGUCAUGGAUGUCGCUCGUACGUCCAUGAUGCAUGCGGCUGCCCCCCAUUUUCUGUGGCCGUUUGCGGUUCGGUACGCGGCGCAUCAGCUCAACCUUCACCCCAGGGUCUCUCGGCCCGCGAUGUCCCCAGUGUUACUGUGGACGGGGAAGGUCGGCGAUGCGUCUGCGUUCCGUGUCUGGGGAUCUCGGGCGUUUGUCCGCGACUUGUCUGCGGACAAGCUGUCCCCCCGUGCUGCUCCCUGUGUCUUCCUUGGCUUCCCCCCUGACGCUCCAGGGUGGCAGUUCUACCACUUCUCCUCUCGUCGUGUUCUGUCCUCCCAGGACGUCACGUUCGACGAGUCAGUCCCCUUCUACCGCCUCUUCCCCUACCGUACUCCUUCCCUUCCCCCCCCACCGGACUUCCUGGUACCAGUUCCCCCCCCGGUAGACCCCCUCCCCCCUCAGGUUCCUGCCCCUUCAGGUGUGUCCCAGAUAGACACGGUCGAGCCAGUCGAGGUUGCUGCUGAGUCUGGUCCUGCUGCGGGUGCUGAGCCUGGGGGUGCUGCUGCUGGGGGUGCUGAGCCUGGGGGUGCUGAGCCUGGGGGUGCAAGGCCGGGGGGUGCUGAGUCUUGGGGUGCUGAGCCGGGGGGUGCUGAGCCGGAGGGUGCUACGUCAGGAGCUGCUGAGCCUAGGGGUGCUGGGCCUGGAGGUGCGGAGCCUGCGCCUGCUGGACCUGGGGGCUCUCCGGUUCUUCCGUCUCGGCGGGAGCCGCUCUCUCCACUGGAGCUGCGCGAGUGGUUUGCUCGCCGCUGGAGGCGUGCUGCUGGAGCUGGAGCUUCUUCGCCUGCUGAGGGUGCUGCCGGUCCCGGAGCUGCUGGGCCUGCGGGUCCUACUGGAGCUGGAGCUACUGAGUCUGGGGGUGCUGAGUCUGGAGCUGCUGAGCCUGGAGGUGCUGAGUCUGGAGCGGCUAUGCCUGAGCUGCGUGAGUGGUUUGCUCGCCGCUGGAGGAGUGUUGCUGGAGCUAGAGCUUCGUCGACCGUCGAGGGUGCUGGUGCUGCCGGUCCCGGAGCUGCUGGGCCUGCGGGUCCUACGGGAGCUGGAGCUGCUGAGGGUGUUGGUGCUGAGACUACUGCUGUCUGUCCUGGCGGUGGUUCUGCUGCUGGUGCUGCUGGAGGUCCUGCCGCUGGAGGUGUUGGUGGCGCUGGUGCUGUCGCUGAGGGUGCUGGUGCUGUCCCUGCUGAGUCAGGAGCUGCCGCGCGGCCUCGGCCGUACUUCGUUCUGCUCCUACAGCAGGUUCUUGGUCUUUCUCCUUCGGUAGAGUGUCCACAGCCUGUCCAGUCGCAGUCACUGUUGGAGCCUUCCUCUCCUCUGCCUGCUCCCUCUCCUUACACUGGUCCUACUGGAGGUCUUGCUGAGCGUCGUGGGCCUGCGUCUCGUCCCGCGUCGCCUGUUCGUGCUGCUCGCGCUAGUGGUCGCGGUUCGCGUCAGCGUCCUCCUCCUGUCCCUGGCACGCACCGGAUGUCUCUGCGUCCGUCCACUGCUCCUCUGCGUGCCUCUUUGCCUUCUCCUCCUGAGUCCUCUCUUCCUGCGCUUGCCGACCCUGAGUCGGACUCUCUUCGCGCUGCCAGUCCUACUGUCACGCGUCUGCUUGCUACUAUCGUCACUGACCCCUCUUUUGAGUCCACUGCUGCGUCUGCUCUAGUCGCUGAGCUCGUUGACUUUGCUGCUCGCUGUCGUCUCGACUACGUUGCCAGUCUUGUUGCUGAGUCUGCGUCUGUCUGUCCUCUGUCCGUCGGGGGUGAGUGUGCUCUUGGCACGGACGUCCUAGAGGACAGACAGGAGGAGUUACAGUGUCUAGCGGCUGCUUCACCUCAUCUCGCGUCGAUUCUGCUUGCCCCUGAGGGAGACCCGGAUGCACUAGACAUCCCGACUCCGCGUUCUUACGCGGAGGCCGUAGAGGGUCCCUACUCCUCUCAGUGGCAGGCAGCUAUGGAUGCAGAGAUGGCUUCCUGGAAGUCCACAGGCACCUACGUUGACGCGGUUCCCCCUCCUGGGGCGAACAUCGUCAGUGGCAUGUGGAUCUUCAGGGUGAAGCGGCCGCCGGGCUCUCCAUCUGUCUUCAAGGCGCGGUACGUUGCUCGUGGCUUCAGUCAGCGGCAGGGAGUUGACUACUUUCAGACCUUCUCUCCCACCCCGAAGAUGACCACUCUUCGGGUGCUGCUAAACAUAGCCGCUCAGCGCGACUACGAGCUUCACUCUCUCGACUUCAGCACUGCAUUCCUGCAGGGUAGCCUGCACGAGGAGAUCUGGCUGCGCCGUCCACCUGGCUUCACUGGGACUUUCCCUCCUGGCACCCAGUGGAGCCUCCGACGGCCAGUCUACGGUCUCCGCCAGGCACCGCGUGAGUGGCACGACACACUGAGGACUACGCUUGCGGCUCUUGGGUUUGCUCCUUCUACUGCUGACCCGUCGCUGUUUCUGCGCACCGACACUUCACUACCGCCGUUCUACAUCCUCGUGUACGUUGACGACUUGGUCUUUGCCACAGCGGACACUGCUGGACUCGCCUACGUGAAGUCCGAACUGCUGAAGAGACACACGUGCACAGACCUGGGUGAACUGCGCAGCUACCUUGGCUUGCAGAUCACUCGGGACAGAGCACGCCGCACCAUUACCUUGACUCAGUCACACAUGGUGCAGCAGGUCCUUCAGCGCUUCGGCUUCACGUACUCCUCGCCUCAGGCCACUCCUCUGCCUACUCGCCACUCACUCUCAGCUCUGCCUUCGGAUGAGUCCAUAGAGUCGAGUGGUCCGUAUGCAGAGCUUGUUGGCUGCCUCAUGUACCUGAUGACCUGCACACGACCUGACCUUGCAUACCCUCUGAGCAUUCUUGCACGCUAUGUUGCUCCUUGGAGACACAGACCAGAGCACAUGGCUGCAGCGAAGAGGGUAUUGCGCUACCUGUGCAGUACGUCAGGCAUGGGGCUUGUGCUUGGAGGGCGGAGUCCAGUGGUCCUUACCGGCCACGCGGACGCUUCUUGGGCUGACGACCAGGCUACGCAGCAGUCGUCACAGGGUUACACCUUCAGCCUUGGUUCCGGCUCUGUCUCGUGGCGGUCUACUCGCUCGUCUUCGGUUCUCGGCUCCAGUUGUGAGGCUGAGAUCUACGCCGGGGCCAUGGCUGCACAGGAGCUUCGCUGGCUCACCUACCUGCUGACUGAACUUGGAGAGCCGCCUCGUUCUCCUCCAGUGCUGUACGUAGACAACAAGGCCAUGCUGGCCUUGUGUUGA